GACUCAUGCCUUCUCUUGGUUCUAGAGCUAGGAGUGGAAUUGCUGGGUCAUAUGGUGAGUCUGUGUUUCCCUUUGGAAGAAACUGCCAGACAGUUUUCCAAGGUGGCGGCACCAUUUCCCAUUCCCACCAGCAGUGUGUGCAGGGCUCGGUUCCUCCCUCCUUCCUCACCAGGAGUUGCUGAUGUCUGUCUUUUUGCCCAAGGUCAUCGGGGUGGCUGUGAAGUGGCAGGGCAUUGCAGAGUCAGUGUGCAUUUCCCUAAAGACCGCUGCAGUUAACAUCCUUCAUGUGCUGUAUUAGCCAUACGUCUAUGUUCUUUGGUGAAAUAUCUACUUAAAUCUGUUUGCUGAUUUUUAGUUUUCUUUAUUUAUUUUUGAGACUGUCUCACUCUGUCGCCAAGGCUGGAGUGCAAUGGUGUGAUCUCAGCUCAUGGCAACCUCUGCCUCCCGGAUUCAAACAAUUCUCCCGCCUCAGCCUCCUGAGUAGCUGGGAUUACAGAUGCAAGCUGCCAUGCCUGGCCUUCUUUUGCUGAUUUUUAAAUGGGAUUAUUUGUCACCUUACUGGGUAGUAAGAGUUGUUGAUAUGUUCCAGACUCGAGUCUUCUGUUGGAUAUGAUUUGCAAAUCCUUCCUUCCAGGCUGUACCUUGUGUUUUCACUUUACUUACAGUAUCUUUUUGAAGCACAAAGGUUUUGUUGUCGUUGUUGUUUAAUUUUGAUGAUGUUCAGCUUAUCUGUUUCUUCUUUUGUUGCUUGUGUUUUUGGUUGUAUCUAAGAAACCUUUGCCUAACUCAGGAUCAUGAAUACACGCCUGGAUUUUCUUCUAAACUUUAUAGUUGCAGAUGUUGCAUUAAGGUCUAUGAUCUAUUGUAAGUUAAUUUUUGUAAGUAGGGUGAGAAAACGAUGUGAAUUCCCAUUUUUUUGCAUGUGGCUAUCCAACUGUGCCAGCAUCAUUUGUUGAAAAACAAAAAAGAAUUGUUUCCCCCCCAUUAAAUUGCUGUGGCACCUUUGUCGAAAAUCUGUCAUUGCAUUUAAGGGCCCAGCUUUCUCUCUCCCUUUCUCUUUCUUGAUCAUCAUGGUGGUUGGAAGUCUGGUUAGUAAUUUUAACCACUAUUCUAGAUGUGUGAUCCGAUUUACCAAGACGUGCAAGGACCUCCCACUCGAAGACUUAAGUCAAAGCCAGCUGCAGUGUGACCACCUGAAGUUGGUCAAAGGCGCUAGGGUUCACCCAAGCAGCAGGGGGCCUGUCUCUGCCAGCUGUGUGAUCUGGGUUAAGCAUCUUCAUCUCUGCCUGCCUCAGUUUCCCCAUCUGUGAACCAGGGGUGGUAGGAGCUUCGUAUCUCAAAGGAUUGCUGUAGAAGAGAUGAACGAGUAUGCCAAGUGCUCAGAGGGGAGCCUGCCCGGUUCAUGUUAGCUGUAAUAUAGACACAGUAUGUUCUGACUCCUGCAACUACAUUUGACUCCAAUUGCUUAGCCUGGUUCCACAUAGACUAAGAUGACAGAAAGGAAGGGGCAGUGGAGGGGGACUCCAUAUGGACUGUGGCUGUCCCUUAGCUGUUCCUGCAGCUCACAGGUCUGGCUGUUUCCAGCCUUUGCCGCCCGGGGGAACAGACACAUCCCGUAUGCUUUUGGUGUGAAUGCCCCUCCUUUCCUAGGAAGGCCUGAUGAAGCGUGGGUCCUUUCCUGAUGCCAAAGAGACCUGGAAGAGUCCUCCUCUGAUCAUUGUAAAAGGAAAGAGCUGGGAAUCAAGAACAGAGAGCUAACACCAGCUUCUCCUCCUCUCUGGUUUCUCCUGGAUUCAAGUACCAGACAUGCAUACACACAUACACACCAGCAUGCCCAUGGACACAUACACUUGCACACACAUGUAUACACAUACACCCCUGCACACACACACAUCCCUGCACACACAUCCCUGCACACACAUCCCUGCACAUACAUCCCUGCACACACAUCCCUGCACAUACAUCCCUGCACACACACCCCUGCACACAUACCCACACACCCUUGCACACAUCCCUGCACACAAAUGCACACACACCCUGCACAUACCCCCCACACACUUGCACACAUAUGCAUGAACACCACCCACACAUCCCUGCACACACACUCCUGCACACACACACAUCCCUGCACACACAUGCACACACACCCUGCACACACACAUGCUUGCAAGCUCCUCCCUCCUCCGUUCCUUCCUCCUUUCCUUUAUAAGCAGUUCUCCCUCCAGAGGCCCAGACUUCCUCUUUUGCUUCCACCUUCUCUUGCCAAUAUUUGUUUUUAAGAGCUGCCCUUUGUGCCCCUCCAGCUUGACCUGAAUCCUAACACUCGCCUCCUAGGGUGGGGUUCUGAGUCUUGGCACCACUGACAUCUCUGGCCAUGUAUUUGCUGUCCCGGGUGGCCCUCCUGUGCAGUGUGGGGUAUUUAGCAGCCUCCCUCGCCUCCACCCAGCUGCAGGCCAGGAGCACCUCCUCCCUGCAUUUAUGACCAUGGAAAAUGUCUCCAGACAUUGCCAGUGUCCCCUGGGAAGCAAAAUCACACCAUAUUCAAAACAACUCCCCUCCAGGCUCUUGUCAAAAAUGUGUAGGACAGAAAUUGGGAGGCUGAGAACGGGCCAUGAUGGGCGCUGGCAGGAGAGCUGGGAGGGUGCAUUUUGGAGUCUUUCCCCGCAGUGAGAAUCCCAUGUGCUUGUCGUCAGGGCCUUGGUCACUCUCCUGGGAGCACUCUGGAGAGCUGCACCUGUGCUCCUGUCCUCGUGGGCUUGCUGUGGAACAGUCAUGCCCUCUGUGGCCCCUCAGGCCCGAGGGCGCCCCUUGAACCCUCCACCCUUGGCUCCAAGCACUGUCCCUGGGAAGCUGUGUCUGCCGGGUUCGCAGAAAGGAAAAGAAACAUGGACGGAGCCACGUGGCUCAGGCUUUGUCCUGAUAACAGACCCCUGCUUUGGAGGCAAAAGCACAGAUUGCUGCCAGCGGGAAAAGGUGAUCUCACCCUGCAGAGGAGAACGGAUGCGAAACUGUGGAAAAGCCACCAGCUCCAGCGCCUGGCCGAGCAGUUGAGGAGAGAGUGGUGGGAGUCGCGGUACCUGCAAGUCAGGGACCUGGACAGGCUGCAGUCAGCACGUCUGUUAGGCUGGGGAGGAGGACGGGCCACAGAAAAUAAGCCUGGCUCGGAGGGGCCUGUCCAGCGAAGAUUACCCAGGCCCCCAGGGGGCAAAGAGAAGCAGAAUACAGCCCUUAGCGAAUAGAAGAGCUGCAGGGAAGAGAUGGGCGAGCAACAACCUGGGCACAUUAGGCCCCAGAAGAUGCCAGUGAGCCCAGAGAAGCCUCAGACUACAAAAGCCACAGAUCAGAUGCAUCCUCACAUGACCCCGCCUGAGAAGAGAAAGGGAAGGCGAGAACCUUCGACCAAGUCUGGGGAUGGCCGCUGUGCCAUCCACCCUCAGGGGAACGGAGGGGUGGACCUAGAAAGGCAAAACCCACUCAUGGUGGCCGCGGGAGAGAUCAGGUGCGUGGAGGAAAAAGAGAAAGGAACGGCCCAGGCAGGGAGGAGGCCGCUGGGGAAAGGGACAAUUUGCUUUGUUCCAGGCCUGACCAGCUGCUCUCAGGAACAGAGUCUGGAGGGGUCUGCUGGUUCCAGCCCCAGAAGGGAAGCCGUGUCCCCAGCAUCUCAGUGCACGCUCCAGGAGAAGAACAAGUGGCAGAAAGAGCUGGAGUUCGCCUUUGAAGAGUUGUUUAAUAUAAACAGAAAGCUGAAGAAACACCUGUGCUUGUACCUGGCCCUGAAGCCCAGGAUGGACCAGAGCCCCGGGGGAGAGCAUGGCUUCUCAGAGAUGCAAGAAUGUGGCGGGAGGACCCCGAGAGAGAAGAAAAUGGCAGACACAGAGAUGAUGGCCGCCGGGGAACGCAGGAGCCUGGCAGAGGAGGAGGAGCAGCAGGCGGUGUCCAAGACCGACUUGAAAACAUUAACGGGCAAGGUCCAGAACCGAAAAUGUCACCGCACGGUCAAGCCCACAUUUAGAAAUGGAAGUUAAACAUUGUCUCCCAAGGCAGAAAUAUGUGUCAACAAAGUGGACUCAUUCUUGUACAGCACUGAAUUUGGGCAAGAGACCCCCAAACGAGGCACGCUGGUAGAGGGCCCCCUUCAGCUCCACCUUCAAGACCAGGCACACAGAGUAGGCUCAACAGCAUCCAGGCAAAGGCAGAAAGCAGAGACGAAGCAGAGGAAACAAAAACAGCCGGAAUCGCUUGAACCAACGGAACACCCAGGUAGGAGCUUGGAAAUCCACCGAAAGGCUGAGUUAGAAAAAGAGAGGAGGGAGCAAAGAGGAGCUGGACUGGCCCAUCUGAGGUUCCCCUCUUUGUCAGCCCAGGAAAGGGAGAGCCAAUCUGAGCUCAGCACUACUUCCCCAUUGGGCACCAGCUUCACCAACGACCAGCACAGUCAGAUGAUCCGAGACCGGCAGCAGCAGAUUUUAGAGCAAAACAAGUUGCACAAGCAGUUUCUUGCAGAAGCCAGGAAACGCUUGCAGGAGUUUCAGAACAUAUGUUAAAUGCGAGAGUCCCACCGGGGAAAAUACAUCACUGCUAAUGGAGAUGCCAGAACUGGUACCCGAGUCUCUAAGAUCUGUGUUUGCAUCAUUGCCUUCAAGACUAUUAGGCCUCUAUAAAAUGGGCAAUCUGGGGCUGGGCAUGGUGGCUCAUACCUGUAAUCCCAGCACUUUGGAAGGCCAAGAAGGGCGGAACCCUGAGGUCAAGAGUUUGAGACCAACCUGGCCAAUAUGGCGAAACCCCGUGUCUAUAAAAAUAUAAAAAUUAGCCAGGCGUGGUGGCAUGUGCCUGUAAUCCCAGCUACUCAGGAGGCCGAGGCAGGAGAAUUACUUGAACCCUGGAGGUGAAACUUGCAGUGAGCCGAGAUUGCACCACUGCACUCCAGCCGGGGCAACAGAGACUCCGUCUCAAAAAAAGAAAAUGGCAUUCUGUCAUUAUACCAUCCUCCAGGGCAAAUUCCCUUGCAGGGACUCCUUCCUUAGUCUUACCUUUAAAAUGAAGUCCCAUUUGAGAAACCUCCUAUGCACAAAAAUAGGAACCCAUGUGGGUUCCAGUGAGGGGGGGGUCUAGCCCAUGUACUGGGGGGUGCAUUUUCCAGAGCUGAACAUGCCACUGCACUCCAGCCUGGGUGACAGAUGGAAACUCCAGGUCAAUUAUGCCCUUCAGAUGUUUUAGCCAAAUAAACAUGGGUCUUUCAGGGGCACCCAAAGUCAGAUGGGCACAAUUUCAGAAGAUAGAUCACUUACUUGGUGCUUAGCCACGGGCUAACACCAUUCUUAGUGGAGACAUUAACAGAGAUUGAACCAAAGAUAAAACCUCUCUUAGUCUUUCAGAGCGACAAAACCAACAUUGUUUAAAUAACAUGUUGCUCAAUACAUUCUUCUAAUUCUAAUUUGAGAGAAAAGAGAGAAAGGCAGAAAAGAGAAGACAGGCCACCCUCACCCUGCUGAUGGCUCCUCUGGGGUUGGCAAGGGUGUGGACACCUGGGUGUUGAUCCAUUUCCUCCCCGCUAGCUUUGCCACUGAUCUGGCAUCCACCACAGCCAUGGACACCUCACACUGGGUAGCUUCUCUUCUGCCAAUUGCAGGCUUAGGGACAGGGAUCAACGCACUUUUAUGCAAAGAGCCAGAGAGUAACUAUGUUAGCAUUUGUCAGCUGUGUGCAGCCCUUGGCGCAGUUACCCAGCUCUAUGGCAGCUGCUCAGAAGCAGCCAGAUGAUGCAUGAAUGAAAGGGUGUGGCUGGGCUCCAGUGAGCCUUGACAAAAACCAGUGGUGGACGCCAUCUGCCCCUGGACUGGGAUGGUUUCAGAGUCUUUCUCCCUCCCUCCCUUCCAGAAACCUCAGAUACAUCGACUUAGAUCAGCCAAUCUUUGUUCGUGACACAUUGGUCUCAUGGGUCCAUGAAUGGCCUUACUUGCCUUAUGCAUAUUUUAUAGACAAUAUAGUGAACUACCGUGAGCCCACCACCGAGACCCAAGACCCAGAAUAUUCACCACCUGUUCCCCACUUCCCUUUUCCAUGCCCCUGCUGCCUCUGUGGAUAUAUACCUGCUGAUGGCUCCCACCUAUCACCCCAACAUUUUGGGAGGCCAAUUUGGGAGGAUUGCUUGAGCCCAGGAAUUUGAGACCUGGGCAUGGGCAACACUGGGAGACCCUAUCUCUACAAAAAAUUAAAAAAUUAGCUGAGCGUGGCAGCACGCACCUACAUUCCCAGCUACUCGAGAGGCUGAGUCAAGAGGGUUGCUUGAGCCCCAGAGGUUAAAGCUGCAGGGAGCUCUGAUCACACUACUGCCAGUCUGAGUGACAGAGCGAGACCCUGUCUCAGAAACAAAAAGAUGCUGGGCGCGGCGGCCCACACCUGUAAUCACAGCACUUUGGGAGGCUGAAGCGGGUGGAUCACCUGAGGUCAGGAGUUUGAGAACAGCCUGGCCAACGUGGUGAAACCCUGCCUGUACUAAAAAUACAAAAAAUUAGCCUGGUUUGGUGGUGGGCACCUGUAAUCCCAGCUAUUCGGGAGGCUGAGGCAGGAGAAUCACUUGAACCCGGGAGGCAGAGGUUGCAGUUACCUGAGUGCACCAUUGCACUCCAGCCUGGACAACAGAGCAAGACUCUAUCUCAAAAAAAGAAAAAAAAAAGAGAGAGAGAGAGAGAUAGCUGCUGAACUUGGGGUUUAGCCCUGUCUUUAUCCGUGUCUGUGCUAAACGGUGUAGUGUUUAGUUUUACUUGAUGCUGAAGUUUAUAAAAUGAUAUUAUUUGGGGUCUUUGGGAAGCUAAGUUUUUUGGCCUCGGCGUAGUUGCUGGCAUGCAUCCACAUCACACAAACACCUGUCGUGCUCACUUUCACUGCGGUAUAUUCUCAUCGUGUAUACGAGCCUUCCUUCCAGGAUCAUAGCUUCUCCUGUUCCAUGCUUAUUUCCAAAAAGAAGACUGUAUGUAUCCCUGAUGCAUUUGGAUCAAAAGACCAGGCAUCAAAAAGUGCUUUUGGCAUAGCUGGGAUAUAGAUGUGGGAAAGAUCCCAUUAUUACUUUUUUUUCCUUCUGUUUUUACCUUUUUCCCCCAGAAGAGAUUGACCUGCUCUUAUAAAAUAUUUAACUUGCAAAUAUGAGGCCAGACACGUUGGCUCACACGUGUAAUCCCGGCCAACAUAGCAAAACCCCAUUUCUACUAAAAAUACAAAAAUUAGCUGGGCAUGGUGGUUCACCCCUGUAGUCCCAGCUACCCAGGAGACUUAGGCAGGAAAAUCACUUGAACCUGGGAGGCAGAGGUCGCAGUGAGCCAAGAUCGCACCACUGCACUCCAGCCUGGGAGACAGAGUGAGAUUCCAUCCCCGAAGUUUGUACAAUUAGAAGUCCCAGACACUGUCCCAGUCACUAGAGAUGAGCGAAGCCGCCCACAUGGAACCACAGGACUCCCAUUCUGGCAGGGAUGCAGGUGAUGAGUAAAAGCUAGAACUGCAGCUGUAAGGGGCAAGAUCCCCAACAGGACCCCAAGUACACGCCUCUGAGAAUCUCAAGCUGGACUUUCCUGGAGCGUGUGAAGCUCGUGGAACCAACAAGCUUUAAUGCUCAUUGGGACGGGGUGGGAAUAAACUUUCUGUUUUUGCUUUUGGGUUUUUUAAUUGUUAAUAGCUUAGGUCUCUGUUGUCUGUGGCUUUCUGCUUGAGAUCAAGUAGAGGAAAUUCGGGGCCAGGCCUGGUGGCUCACACCUGUAAUCUCAGCACUUUGGGAAGCCAAAACAGGCAGAUUGCUUGAGCCCAGGAGUUUGAGACCAACCUGGGCAACAUAGUGAUACUGUGUCUCUAUAAAAAAUACAAAAAGUAGCCAGGCAUACUGGCUUGCACCUAUAGUUCCAGCUGCUAGGGAGACUGAGAUGGGAGGAUCGCUUGAGCCUGGGAGGUUGAGGCUGCAGUGAGCUGUGAUUGUACCACUGGACUCCAGCCUGGGUGACAGAGUGAGACCCUAUUUCCUGGAUAAAAGAAGAGAGAGAGAGAGAGAGAGAGAGAGAGAGAGAGAGAGAGAGAGAGAAAGAAAAAGAAAGAAAGAAAGAAAGAAAGAAAGAAAGAAAGAAAGAAAGAAAGAAAGAAAAGGAAGGAAGGAAGGAAACAAGGAAACUUUGAUCUCAGCCUGGUUCUUUCUGUCCUCUGCUUCCAGAAUGUCAUGGGCUAGGGUUGUGAAGCCACUCCACAAUUUGCUGUAGGCUCAACAUGAUGAUGAAGGAACCUGAGGGUCAGGAGGGCUGCUGUUUUUCAAAAGCCACAUGGAUUCCUCAGGGCAGGGUGUCACUGUGCUGCUGCUGUUUCUGUACUUGCCUUGUGCCUGGCUGUUUUUAGCACACGGAGACCUGGAGCAUAGCCGCCUGUCACUGUGGCAUGGGCUCUGUCGGAGAGGGCAGGGAGGAUGUUGUGGGGUGACUGAGUUAAAAGCAAUGGCCGCGAUGGGGCCUGGACACUGAGUGGCCGACGUCUUCCUGCCUUAGCCUGGAAGCCAGUCUGUUGGGGGAGCAGCCUGCCUUUGAGUAGGUUAUUUUUGUUGCCAUUUUCAAAGGUAGUAUUUGUGGCCCGUGUGUUGUAGGUAAGGAAUUGCCCCUUCUUGGCCUCACUUGAGCUAAAACUAGGUGUGGAGACGGGCAGCGAGACAGGGUGGAGGGUGACUCAUCUCUGCCAGGACAGUCACACCUACACUGUCCCCUGGCAGCCAGACCAGACACCCGGCCCUUUCCCACCUGUCCUGCAGAAGGCUAAGGGGAUGACAGGCUGGUUCUUUGCCUGGAGCAUUGGUGUGGGCACUAAGCCCUCCAGGAUGCUCACACCCAAAACCAUGGCUUCCCAGUGAUUCUUAUGGAGAUGUCAUGGGUAACUUUCCAUCCCCAGAUCUGGCAGUGCCUGCAUUCCCCUCCCCUCUUGGUCACCUUGGCACAAGUGGACUGUGGUGGAAAGGCCUGUGGGGCAGCCUCCAGCCUCCCCUGGCUCACCCCAUCCCAUGCCCUCACCCAGAGCCUCCACCAGGAGCCGGUGAGAGCCCUGUUGCCAGGGUCAGAGCCCUGGCUCCACCACCUGUCAACAGCUUGGUGACCAGGGCAGAGUGUUAAGGUUUCUGGACUUCCUCCAAGGCCUGGCCCUCCGCCUCCUGCACCUCACACCCAGGUCCCAGCAUCUCUCUUCCCACCGCCCCUAUUCCAGACACAAGUGCACAGGGCCCACCCCCUACCUUUCGAGCCUGAAUCCUCCUUGAAGGGUCGGGGACCUCAUAGGGCAAUGCUGGCGGGCUCAGGGGUACCCUCUGGACUCACACCCCAGCCCUUGCCCAGCCUCCAUUCGACUGUAAAAUGGAUAAUGGAGCCACUUGAAAGGGUGUGGGUUCCCAGGGUUUCCAGAGAGCACUGCCAUACCAGCAGGGCGAGGACCCCGGAUGUGGUGACCAUAUUCACCUGCAUCCUUCUGCAGCACCUCCAGGCGCCCCGACGGUUCUCCCUCUGAACGCUUUGCGCCCUCUAGAGCGCUGCUCCGGUUUGGUGCUUCUGCCUCCAUCCUGGGGCCAGCUUCCGUGUUCCCGCCUCACUCUCCAUUUUCGGGAACCUUCAUCCUUCUGCCCCUUCUUUGCUCCCUGCCUUGUGGGUCCUUCUUCCCAAACCACGGGGGCCCAGGAAGGCCUCCGUGGCUGAGCAGUGGUGUGUGGGUCCCCCUGUGUGUCCGUGAGGCUUGGAGGGGGAGCAGCAGUGUCGCUUGUGUGUGCUGCGGAGGUCAGCUGUCCCUGGGCUGGGGGAGGCCGGCAGGCUCUGAUAUGCCAGCAGUUCAGUCUUGGCCUGCUCUCCCCCACCUGCUGGCCAGUCAGGUUGUGGAUCUGACCCCAUGCUGGGAGCUGCCCUGGGGGGUCCGUCUUUUCCUCACAAACCUCCCUUCCCUGCCAAGCCCUGUGUGACCAGGAUCUCAGACACAUACAACAAAGGGAAACUAGGGUUUUUUGAGGGGACGGGUGGGCAGGCCAUCCUUCUUGACCUGCAGGGAUUCUUCCAGUGAAUUUUAUUGAGACCUCCAAGAAGACACGGGGCAGGGGUGGGGAGCAGCCUGCACUUGUAGCUGACAGCCCAGGCUGAGUCUUCCGGCUGGAAAUGGGUCUGCACAGACACACCCCACAGGACAGGCUCAGGGAGACUGGGCACAUUUCUGAAGCUGUGCUGAGGAGGAAGAGAAAGGGGAGUGGGGACACCAGCCCCCCUUCCCGCUUUCAUUCUCUCCUGGGAGUGUGGGCCCCGGGAUUACAGCCUUUGUCCCUGUUUGUCUCCUGAGAAAUGCAGCAAGCCAGGGUCAGCCCACAGGCUACAUGCCCCAGGUCACCCCCCAGCCAGGGCCCAAAGACGACGGGCCCAGCCCUCAUGAUUGCCCCCAAAAUGGGUUGACCUGGGAGGAACAGUGCCCUGCCCACCACACAGCCCCCCAGCGACAGUGCAAGGAGAGAAUCUGCAGCUGCCCCUGGCUCCGGAGAUGUCACCCUGGCCCCCUGCUCAGCCCCGGGAAAGGAGGAUUGCAGGGACAGGUGACGGUUCCCUCGGCGCCUCUCCAAACACCUUCUACCUCCUGCCCUGCACGGUCCUGCCCCUGCCUCUGCUCCAGCCCUGGCUUGGGGUUUGCAGGGCCAAGCUUGGCUCUUCCAUGGGUCUUGGCGAAGAAAGUGCAGAGCCGCACUUCCCUCCACAAAGCCGCACUGUUCUCAGCAAAUCCUCCCAGGAUCGGUGCAUUUUUUUCAAGUGAUUCAGCAGCACGUGAAUGGGAGGGGCCCAGCCCACGAGGGAGGGUGGCAGGACAGGGGCUCAGGUCCUCCCAGGGCCGCAGAGGGAGGGGGCCGGGAGGGGGCGGCAGGAAGGCUGGGCAGAGUACAGCUUUGCUCUUCGGGGUUGUGGCCGAGGCACUCUGAUAGAUGGUGUUUUGCUCGCUUGAGUUCCCCGAGGGGAGCCAGAGUCAAUGGGCAGGAAGUAGAUGGGAGAGCUGGUCUCCAUGGAGACCGGCAUCCAGUGGCCAGCCGCUCACGCGCUGGAAUCUCGGGCAGCAGGGAGGGAAUGCUCCCUCGGGUGGGCCUGGCACACCUCCAGGUGCCAGCUGGCAGGCAGUAUGGGGUAUGGCCCAGGCUGAGGCUGCGCUUCUGUCCCCUGAUCCCUGUUGUAUGCCCGUCACCCUCUCUGCCCCACCCCCUUCCCCACCCUCCCUACGAAAACAUCUUUUCUGAGUAGUUGUCAUUCCAGGCGUUUCUCACCCUGGCCUGAGUCAGGCUGGGCAAGUCCUCUGUCCUCACCCUGGAUGUCACGGCCCUGCCUUGCCCCAGAGCUGCGAGUCACCACUGAGGAUGGACCUGGGGCCCCUCUGUCCCAGCCACCCAUAGACUCUCAAGGUCAGAGUUUAGAAAGGGAGGUGGUGCCCAUAUCUUCACUUCUGGUGUCUAUAUCCUCAGCGGGGGACAGAUAUCUAGGGUGCUCCUAUGGUACCCCCUUUGCUGAGCUCUUUCCUGCACCCCAGAAGGCCCCAUUGCUGGCUCCUGGGGUCCGAGGAGGUUGGGAGGCCUGAGGGUGGGUCUGGCCUCUGCAGCAGCUGCAGGGCAGUCAUAAGCCGGAUUCCCACCCACACCACAGGGCUGUUUUCAAUUACCAGGCCACAGCCCCCUUUUCUGCUCAUUUCCCUAAAAGGGGCAAACUUGGAGGAGGUCUGCCCCGCCACUGACCAAAAGGGCCGGCCCUAGGGGGCCACGGAAGGCAGAGCCCAGAGUUCAGAGGAGACCCUCUGACUGCCCACCGAGGACACCCAGCUGUGUAGCUUGAGGCCAGAGGCCACAGGUGGGCUGGACCAGAUAACCCUCACUGCCACCUCCCAACCCUUGUGACACUUCCUGACGGCUCAGCCCCACCCAUGCCCCCUAUGCAGUUCCGUAGGGAGUCUGUGGCCUCUAGACCUGGAGGGCUAGAGCAGGUUUGGGGUCCUUGUGAGCAGAGCCCUUCUCGGAUCACCAUCUGCCAUCCCUGGCGGCGUUUGUGGCCACCUCUGCCCCUCCAGCUGGCGAGGUCAGCCCCAUCCCGCCAAAUGAAGGAGAUGCUGCCCGAAGGAGAGCUUCUGUGUUUCUGAGUGGUCUUCACUAUGAUCCCGAAGCCCAAUGAGAUUAGUUACACAAAAACACUUACAGAUCCCACAGUGACCUGAGAGCAGGCCGGGAAAAAUACAGUCACUUAUCACAGCAGCUGCAGGACAGGGCCACAGCUGAUGGUAUAGACACUGGAAGUGGGGACAGGGGCUUCACCUCCCUUUCCAGACUCUGACCUUGUGGGCAGCUGGGGCAGAGAGGCCCUUGGUAUACCCUCAGCUGGUGCUAUGGACAUAUUAAUCAAAAUUCAAUGGUCAGGCCAGGCGAGGUGGCUCACAUCUAUAAUUCCAGCACUCUGGGAGACCAAGACUGGUGGAUAACUUGAGAUCAGGAGUUCCAGACCACCCUGGCCAACAUGGUGAAACCCCGUCUCUACUAAAAUACAAAAAAAAACAAAAAAAAAGUUAGCCAAGCAUGGUGGCAGGCACCUGUAAUCCCAGCUACUCUGGAGGCUGAGGCAGGAGAAUUGCUUGAACUCUGAAGGCAGAGGUUGCAGUGAGUCAGGGUCACACCAUUGCAUUCCAGCCUGGGUGACAAGAGCAAAACUUGGAUUGGGAGUUUAAAAAAAAAUUCAAUGGUCAAGCAACCCCAGCCAGGUCAACCAGUAUCCAGUGGUACAUCCACCCAAAAGGACAAGAGACUCUCAUCCCGAAUGGCAGCUCAGGUUACAGACGUUAGCGAGAGCCUUACUGUGUGAUUUGAGGACGUGGAUGGUGGCACUCGUGUGCCCAGUUUUCUGGAGAGUGUGGACAGAAGGCAUUGAACCUCGCAGUCCUUCCCCAGUAAAUAAGCAAAGAAGAGUCCACCUGCGACUGCCGUUGGAUUCUUUCCAGGAGUGAGUGGAGGUUGGGUUUCAUCUGGGAGAGAAAAUGGUUUCUUUUAAAAUUCCUCUGAAAUGAUUGGCAUGUAAUUCCACCUGGAGUCAAAUGAACCAAAUGACUCUCAGAUGGUGUCUGCCACUCCAGCUGGCAGUUACUGCGUUUGCAUCUACACGGUUCAGAGUCCUCAAGGCUGGUCCCUGGGACACAUGCAGUGACCACUGGUCUUCAGUGCUGCUGUGGGUGCCCUGGGCUGACUCCAAUCCAGCUGCAGCAUCAGAAUGCCCCCCACCCACGGGCCAUUUGGGCCAGUAGGGUCUUUGGCACAUGUGCAAAGCCUCUACUCGACCCCUAGGAAUGACCAAUGUUAAGAGCAUGGGGACUCCGUGCUCUCUGGGCCAUGAGCAGGACAGGACAGAGUAGAAGAAGGUGCUUUCUUGCAACUGCUGGUCCUGUGGGCAUCCUUCCCCGGGUGGAAGCUGGAGCCUGCAGAAGAGGGUGGAUGGCUAGGAGGGGCCGGUGCCCCCUGGGGAUACGGAGCAAAGGCCAGUCCGAGUCAGUGUGCAUGCAAGGUACAGAUGAUCCAGCUGGGUUUUGACUUUGUAUUUAGCCGAAUAUGUUAUGAGUCCCGGGGAUCCCUGCACCUCGUCUGGGCAGACACGUGACUUGAGGGACAGUAGGCUACCCUCUGCUGCCUGAGUGCGUCCCUCAGCCGAAACGGGCACUGUGCAGUUAACAGCGUGUAGAGCACCCUGGGGAUAGUCUGUGAGUGGUCUAGAGGUUGGGUGUUCACAUCCACCGGUUUGCCUGUCCCUAACCUGGGGCUGGGAGCCCGGCAGAGUGGCCCAGGUGGCAAACGUUCUGUAUGGUGUAUUUAUACACACAGCACGUCGGAUUCCUCCGGAGAGCAGUCGGGCCCCUGGCAAGACGAUAAAGGGAAUUCAAUGAGUGUGGAACACGUGCAUUUCUUAGAGGCAGUUUUCUUCUUUCAAAAGCAGGGUCUUGUUCUGUCACCCAGGACUGAAGCCCAGUGGUGUGUUCAUAGCUCACUGCAGCCUUGAACUUCUAGGCUCCUGCAGUCCUCCUGAGAGCUGGGAUUACAGGCAUAUGUCACCAUGUCCAGCUAACUUUUGUAUUUUUUUUUUCAGAUGGGGUAUUGGUAUGUUGCUCAAGCUGUUCUUGAACUCCUAGCUUCAAGCAACCCACCCGCCCUGGCCUCCCAAAUGCUAGGAUUACAAGUGUGAGCCUUUUGAAGCGGUUUUCUUUUGGGGUCUGGCUCCCUCCCCCAAUAGUGGGCAUGGCUUGUUCUUAUUUUCCACAGGAACGCCCAUGGUGCUUCUGUGGACACAGUGGGAUUGGAAAGAUGUUGGUGGGGUGUGAGGGGGACUUGAGGACACAGGGCCCACAUGUUGAUGGCUGCAGAGGGGACAUGGAGACACAGAGGAGAGAGAACAAGAGAGGAGCGUGCCACAGAAGCCCCGGUGUCUCUGCCCAGGCGUGGCUGGAGUCUGUGGAGUGUGCCACCCCUCCGGCCAGCCGUUGGCCCUGGCUCAUGCUGGAGACACCAGGUUCUCCAGCAAGCCCCCUUCACGGUCCGCUCCCCUCUGAGAGCAGCAGCACCGGUCAGCCUCCGAUGGUUUUCCAGGGGCGGGUGUGAUUCUCGACGUCGGAGCGUAACCCAUCCUCUUGGAUCGUCUCCUGAGACCUUGGUUUUUCACCCACCCAGUUGUUUUCCAUCCCCACUCUGGCGGGUUCACUCGGAAUUGUUUUCGCAGGCUCCUUGCAGAGGGGUAGGUGACAUCAUGUGGUGUCCUGGGCCGGCAGGGUGGGAGCCGGGGCCCUGUGGUUGCAUGUGCUUUGAAUUCAGCCGACGGUUGUACAUUCCAGUAGCCAGCAUCUGGCGGCGAAUUCAUCAGCCAGUGUAUCACCCUUGAUCUCAAACCCAGAUGUUGUGUUCACAGCAGAAGGGAAAGAAGGAAAAAUGAAAUCUGAGAUGCUCAGGGAGAGGCCGUGGUUUUUGGGCUCAGGGCAGUUGGAACAAAUAUCUUUGUAAAGAGUCCCUCUCUCGAAGCUGCCUCGGGCUCCUUGGGGAAGGGGCAAGAGAAGGAAGGCAGCCCCCUCUUGGGGGCAUGGACAGGAGAUGGGCUGACCACCCCCAUCCCAGUGCCUAAUACCAGGCCCAGCACACAGUAGGUGUUCAAGAAAUGUGUCUGUGCCACAAUUUUCUUCCUUCCUUCCUUUUCUUUCUUUCUUUCCUUCCUUUCUUUCUUUCUCUUUCUUUCUCUCUCUUUCUUUCUUUCUUUUUUUUUGACCAAGUCUUGCUCGCUCUUGACCCCCAGGCUGCAGUGCAAUGACUCGAUCUCAGCUCACUGCAACCUCCACGUCCCGGGUUCAAGUGAUUCUCUUGCCUCAGCCUUCUCAGUAGCUGGGAUUACAGGCAUCUGCCACCACACCCAGCUAAUUUUUGUAUUUUUAGUAGAGAUGGGAUUUCGCCAUGUUGGCCAGGCUGGUCUCGAACCCCCACCUCAGGUGAUCCACCCACCUCAACCUCCCAAAGUGCUGGGAUUACAGGCAUGAGUCCCCAUGCCCAGCCUGUGCCACAAUUUUCAUUUCUUCCCAGAUUCCUUAUGUCUCUUUGCUUUCCCCAGCCCUGUUCUACACAUGGCCUGGGAGUCAGAGAUGCCCUCCCUCCUGCGGAGUGGGCUCCUUUCCCCUACAGUCCUGGUGGUCCAUCCUGAAGCUCAAGGCAAGGACCAUCGCCACUGGCAUGGGAGUGUCUCCUGGAGAGCGCUCCCUCCCUCCUCCUCUGUCCACCAUUGGCCACUGGAAACUGUCCCUCUCUGUGUUCCUGUCCACUAUCUGCCAUCUGGCUUGGAUGGGACGCUUCUCCCAGCCAAGGCCUUCUGCACACAGGAUCCACCCCGCACCCUCCGCUCACCUGCUGUUGCCUCCGGCCAACAACCCCGGGCAGGUACCCGAUGCUCUGAGCAGGUCAGCGGCGAAGAACCUGCUAUGCCCACAGGUGUGCAGUAAUCAAAGCUGCCACCCAGCCUUGCUCCUCCUUCAUGUCUGCGUCAUGGGGUGCUUUGGGAAAGCUUGCUAUGGAACUGGUCCUUUGCUUGAUUCCCCUUUUUUUUCUUUCAUGUAAUUUCUCAUUUUGCAAAAUCGGGGAGGAGGUGCCCACCCCCAAUUUAAAGAGACCCUGAAGAAUCUGAAUUCUGUUCCCCAGGGGCAGACUGAAGCAGCCCAGGGGAGAUGGGGAUCCCCUCAGGCUCUAUUCCUCUCAGCCCCUCACCCCCACUCCCUUGCCCCUCACCCCCACUUCCCUGUUUCAUACCCCCACUCCCUGCCCCUCACCCCUACUCCCCUGCCCCUCACCCCCACUCCCCUGCCCUUCACUCCCACUUUUCAGCCCCUCACCCCCACUUCCCUGCAGGCAUCUGGCAGCCUCCUCGUCAGUUCACUUUCUAGUCCUAACCCCACUUGGCUACCCUGGACCCUUGAUCCAACUAGUUUCCUCUUUUCUGACACUUUAAAGAAGGAAAGUGUGUCAUCUGCAGCCCCCAGGCAAAGCUGGCACACUGGGAAGCCGCCUCUGUUGCUGUGUUACCCAGGCUGAAGUACAGUGGCACGAUCAAAUCGAGACCCUGUGGCCUGCUGACCAGGACUAGGUCUCUGUACCCGAGCAGUGUGAUGCCACCGUCCAGUCCCUCACCCGCAGGAGUGGGAGAAUUUGCCUUGCUUGUCUCCGUGACGCCGGUUUUGCUCGUGGUCCUGAGCUGGACACACAUUAGCUGCCAGGCACCGUGGGCUGCACGCCAGCGCCAUGACCAUGUGAAGUGCUGGGACUGUUGUCAUCGUCUCUGUCUUGGGUAUGAGCACCUGUGGCUCAGUGAAGUCCAGGAACUUCUCAAAGAUCACGCAGCUGGCCCGGAGUCGGGAGGCGAAUGCAGGAUCUGUCUUGCUGCCUCUUGCAGACAAGUGCCCAGCGGCCACCUGGGAGCCUCAGGUGUUUUUGUAAGAGAAUAACAUGUGAACCUCAAUGCCCAGGGUAGGAUGCAACGUUUCGACCGUUUUGAAGGGCUGAUUUUCUGAACUGCAGCGAUGUGUUUAUUGAGUGCUUAUUGUGCAUUCAGCGUUGUGCAGCAUAGUGGACCAUUGAAAAGCAGCUCCAGAAAUUUCCAAAGUAACAUACUGAGUUAGGUAGACUGUAGCGAGGUCUGGCUUGCUGCCCCUUCUGGCCUGCUGGUUUUCUUUGUUGUAUUUUUUGAGACGGAGUCUCACUCUGUUGCUGUGUUACCCAGGCUGAAGUGCAGUGGCACGAUCUUGGCUCACUGUAAUCUCCACCUCCUGGGUUCAAGCAAUUCUCCUAUCUCAGCCUCCCAAGUAGCUGGGACUACAGGCAUGCGCCACCACGCCCAGCUGAUUAUUGUAUUUUUAGUAGAGACGGGGUUUCACUAUGUCAGUCAGGCUGGUCCUGAACCCCUGACCUCAGGUGAUCCUCCCGCCUCGGCCUCCCAAAGUGCUGGCAUUACAGGCACGAGCCACUGUGCCUGGUUUUUUUUUUUUUUUUUUAAAUGGAGUCUCACUAUGUUGCCCGGGCUAGAGUGCAAUGGCACAAUCUCGGCUCACUGCAAGUUUCACCUCCAGGGUUCAAGUGAUUCUCCUGCCUCAGCCUCCUGAGUAGCUGGGAUUACAGGCACAUGUCACCACACCUGGCUGAUUUUUGUGUUUUUAGUAGAGACAGGGUUUUGCCAUGUUGGCCAGGCUGGUCUCGAACUCCUGACCUCAAGUGAGUCACCCUCCUCAGCCUCCCAAAAUCCUGGGAUUACAGGUGUGAGCCACUGUGCCCAGCACUGGUUUGCUUUUGAGCAGAUGACUCUGCUACAUGAAGAGCAAACUUUGACAAGUUAAUCUGGCACAUUGACUGAUUUGCAUAAAUAUUUCUUGGUGCCACUGUUGCCAUAAGGUAUAUAGAUUAGGCAGGGAGCAAGAGAGCCAAGGGCAAACCACACUGGGUUACCAGCCCAAAGUUGUCAGCGUCAUCUCAGCUCCAUGUGGCAAACAUUUAGUGAGCGCCAACUGCUCUGCGGUCAGAAUUUGGUGCCUACCUGUUAGGACCUGCCCGGGCCCUGAGCAGACAGGUGUGCGAGGGCUGACAGCAGGAUGGAAAAGAGAUGGGGAAUAUACCAAGUGCCGCAGAAGGACAGGAUUUCCCAGAGGAAGACAGAAAAGGGCUAUUUUAGCUGGGUCCUGAAGAGAAGUUCUCCAGUCAGAGAGAGGGAGAUGGCAUUUGCAGUAGAAGAAACUUGCCUGUUGAGGCUGGGUGUGGUGGCUCACGCCUGUAAUCUCAGCACUUUGGGAGGCUGAGGUGAACAGAUCACCUGAGGUUAGGACUUUGAGACCAGCGUAGCCAGCAUGGCAAAACCCUAUCUCUACUAAAAAUA